UUCUGUAGCUUCUUCGAUGGUUCGUGGGCACCAUCUAGUGGACAGACAGUAGAACUACACCACCUGGUAACGCGUCACUGUGAAGUGUUGAGGGUGUGACUUCCUCAACUCAGACGCUGAAACACACCAGGAAGAAGAAACAAGCAGCUUCUUGUCUGACAGAGUUUUUCCUCCACACAUGAAGGUGGAAAGUGUCUGUAAGUGGACCUGAAGUGAGUUCAGCAGGGAGAAAAAUGACGACACCUCGAGGGGUCCUCUUAAGAACUUUAAAAGAUUUGGGAGAUAAGGACUUUGAAGAAUUCAAGUGGUACCUGCAGCAGCAGGGGGAGCUAGAUGGCCACCCAGAAAUCCCAAAGAGUCAACUGGAGAAUGCAAACCGGAUGGAAACCGUGGAUGAGAUGUUUAGGUUCUACAGUGAAAAAGCGACUGACGUGGCCAGAACAGUUUUAGUGGCGAUGAAUCAGAAUGAACUAGUGGAGAAAUUACCAGAAACCUGCUUCAAACUCGAAGAGAUUCUUCCUCGGUGCCAGCCAAAACUCAAAUCCAAUUUAAAAAAGAAGUUUGAGUGUGUGUUUGAGGGGAUCGCUAAAGCAGGAAACCAGACCUUUCUGAAUCAGAUCUACACAGAGAUCUACAUCACAGAGGGAGGGACUGCAGAGGUCAAUGAUGAACAUGAGGUCAGACAGAUUGAAACAGCAUCCAGGAAACCAGACAGACCAGAAACAAGAAUCAGACUAGAAGACAUCUUUAAAACCCCACCUGGAAGAAAUAAACCAAUCAGAACAGUGCUGACAAAGGGAGUGGCUGGCAUUGGGAAAACAGUCUUAACACAGAAGUUCACUCUGGACUGGGCUGAAGACAAAACCAACCAGGACAUAAUGUUCAUAUUCCCAUUCACCUUCAGAGAGCUGAAUGUGCUGAAAGAGAAAAAGUUCAGCUUGGUGGAACUUGUUCAUCACUUCUUUACUGAAACCAAAGCAGCAGGAAUCUGCAAGUUUAAAGAGUUCCACGUUGUAUUGAUCUUUGACGGUCUGGAUGAGUUUCGAGUUCCCCUGGACUUCAACAACACUGAGACCCUGACUGAUGUCACAGAGUCCACCUCAGUGGAUGUGCUGCUGACAAACCUCAUCAGGGGGAAACUGCUUCCCUCUGCUCGCCUCUGGAUAACCACACGACCUGCAGCAGCCAAUCAGAUCCCUGUUGACUGUGUUGACAUGGUGACAGAGGUCAGAGGGUUCACUGACCCACAGAAAGAGGAGUACUUCAGGAAGAGAUUCAGAGAUGAGGAGCAGGCCGGCAGGAUCAUCUCCCACAUCAAGACAUCACGAAGCCUCUACAUCAUGUGCCACAUCCCAGUCUUCUGCUGGAUCUCUGCUGGAGUUCUGGAGGAGCUGAUGGAAACCAGAGAGGGAGGAGAGCUGCCCAAGAACCUGACUGAGAUGUACAUCCACUUCCUGGUGGUUCAGUCCAAAGUGAAGAAUGUCAAGUAUGAUGGAGGAGCUGGGACAGAUCCACACUGGAGUCCAGAGAGCAGGAAGAUGAUUGAGUCUCUGGGAAAACUGGCUUUUGAUCAGCUGCAGAAAGGAAACCAGAUCUUCUAUGACUCAGACCUGACAGAGUGUGGCUUCGAUAUCACAGCAGCCUCAGUGUACUCAGGAGUGUUCACACAGGUCUUUAGGGAGGAGAGAGGACUGUACCAGGACAGGGUGUUCUGCUUCGUCCAUCUGAGUGUUCAGGAGUUUCUGGCUGCUCUUCAUGUCCAUCUGACCUUCAUCAACUCUGGAGUCAAUCUGAUGGCAGAAGAACAAUCAACCUCCCGGUGGUCUGAACUGUUCGGGGGCAGAUCAACACAUCUCUACCAGAGUGCUUUGGACAAGGCCUUACAGAGUUCAAAUGGACACCUGGACUUGUUCCUCCGCUUCCUCCUGGGUCUUUCUCUGGAGACCAAUCAGAAUCUCCUACGAGGUCUGCUGACACAGACAGGAAGUAGCUUACAGACCAAUCAGGAAACAGUCAAAUACAUCAAGAAGAAGAUCAGUGAGGAUCUGUCUGCAGAGAGAAGCAUCAACCUGUUCCACUGUCUGAAUGAACUGAAUGAUCGUUCUCUAGUGGAGCAGAUCCAACAGUCCCUGAGAUCAGGAAGUUUCUCCACAGAUAAACUGUCUCCUGCUCAAUGGUCAGCUCUGGUCUUCAUCUUACUGUCAUCAGAAACAGAUCUGGAUGUGUUUGACCUGAAGAAAUACUUUGCUUCAGAGGAGGCUCUUCUGAGGCUGCUUCCAGUGGUCAAAGCCUCCAACAAAGCUCUUCUCAGUGGCUGUAACCUGUCAGAGAGAAGCUGUGGAGCUCUGUCCUCAGUCCUCAGCUCCAAGUCCUCCAGUCUGAGAGAGCUGGACCUGAGUAACAACGACCUGCAGGAUUCAGGAGUGAAGAGGCUGUCUCCUGGACUGGAGAGUCCUCAUUGUAAACUGGUAACUCUCAGUCUUUCUGGCUGUCUGGUCUCAGAGGACGGCUGUGCUUCUCUGGCCUCAGCUCUGAGAUCCAACCCCUCCCAUCUGAGAGUCCUGGACCUGAGCUACAACCAUCCAGGAGACUCAGGACGGAUGCUGCUGGAGGAUCCACGCUGCAGACUGGACACUCUCAGGGCGGAGCCUGCUGGAGUCCACUGGAUGACAUCAGGUCUGAGGAAGUAUCGUUGUGAACUCACAGUCGACACAAACACAGUCAGCAGGAGGAUCAAACUGUCUGACAACAACAGGACGCUGACAUAUCAGAAGGAGGAGUAUCAGCCGUACCCUGAUCAUCCAGACAGGUUUGAUCUCUGGCGUCAGCUGCUGUGUAGAGAUGGUCUGACUGGUCGCUGUUACUGGGAGGUCGAGUGGAGCGGAGAUGUUAAUAUGUCAGUGAGUUACAGAGGAAUCAGACGGACAGGACACUAUUAUGAGUGUCUGUUUGGAUUAAAUGAUCAGUCCUGGAGUCUGUGGUUCCCUGGUGGUCGUGUUCCCACUGUCAGGCACUAUUAUAGAGGAACAAUCUCCGUCAUCAAACGCUCCUUCUUCGAACAUGCCCGUCACAUCGCCAUCUCCUUCUACAGCCGCCACAACCCCCCCUCUGGUAGAGUAGGAGUGUAUGUGGACUGUCCUGCUGGCAUUCUGUCCUUCUACAGAGUCUCCUCUGGCUCUCUGAUCCACAUUCAGACCGUCAACACCACAUUCACUGAACCUCUUUAUCCUGGGUUUGGGUUAGAGUCUCCUGGUUCCUCAGUGUCUCUGUGUCGUCUGUGAGAGGACAGACUGUCGCCUCCUGUUUUUUUGCUUUUUUUUUACGUUUAACUCACUGUAGCCUUGUGUUUCCCUGCAGUAUAUAAAAUCUACAGUUGAAACCAGAAGCUUACAUACACUAUAUGAAAAGACGCAUAUGCUUUUUUUCUGACUGUCUGACAUGAAAUCAUACAAUCACUUUUCCUGUUUUAUGUCCGUUAGGAUUACCAAAAUUAUUUCUAUUUGCUAAAUGCCAGAAUAAUGAGAGAAGGAUUUUUUAAAUAAAAUUUUUAUUACUUUCUUGAAAGUCAUAAGUUUACGUACAUUUCAUUAGUAUUUGGUACCAUUGCCUUUAAACUGUAUGACUUGGGCCAAACAUUUCGGAUAUCCUUCCACAAGCUUCUCACAAUAGUUGGCAGGAAUUUUGGCCCAUUCCUGCUGACAGAACAGGUGUAACUGAGCCAAGUUUUUAGGUCGCCUUGCUCGCACAUGCCUUUUCUGCUGUGCCCAUAAAUUUUCAAUAGGAUUGAGAUCAGGGCUUUGUGAUGGCCACUGCAAAACAUGACUUUGUUAUCGUUAAGCCACUUUGUAACCACUUUGGCAGUAUGCUUCGGGUCAUUGUCCAUUUGGAAGACCCAUUUGCGCCCAAGCUUUAACUUCCUGGCUGAUGUCUUGAGAUGUUGCUUCAAUAAUUCCACAUAAUGUUCUUUCUUCAUGAUGCCAUCUAUUUUGUGAAGUGCACCAGUCCCUCCUGCAGCAAAACAACUCCACAACAUGAUGCUGCCACCCCCGUUUUUCACAGUUGGGAUGGUGUUCUCAGGCUUACAAGCUUCCCCCUUUUUCCUCCAAACAUAACGAUGGUCAUUAUUGCCAAACAGUUCGAUUUUAGUUUCGUCAGACCACAGGACAUGUCUCCAAAAAUUGAGGUCUUUGUCCCUGUGUGCAUUUGCAAACUGUAAUCUGGCUGUUUUAUGUUUCUUUUGGAGUAAUGUCUUCUUCCUGGCAGAGUGGCCUUUCAGCCCAUGUCUCAGGACUCGUUUCACUGGAUAAUGACACACUCUUACCAGCUUCAGCCAGCAUCUUCACAAGGUCUUUUGCUUUUGUUCUUGGGUUGAUAUGCACAUCCCAUGGUGUUUAUACUUGGGUAUAAUUAUUUGAACAGAUGAAUGUGGAACCUUCAGGCAUCUGGAAAUUGCACCCAAGGAUGAACCAGACUUGUGCAAGUCCACAAUUCUCUUCCUGAUAUCUUGGUUGAUUUCUUUUGACUUUCCCAUGAUGUUACACAAAGAAGCAGUGUGUUUCAGGUGUGCCUUAAAAUACAUCCACAGGUGUGUCUCCAAUUAACUCUAAUGUUGUCAAUAAACCUAUCAGAAGCGUCCAAAGACAUGACAUCAUCAUCUGGGCUUUCCAAAAUUGUUUCAAGGCAUAGUGUGUGUUUAGUGUAUGUGAACUUGUAAAAAAAAAUCCUUCUCUCAUUAUUCUGGCAUUUAGCAAAUAGAAGUAAUUUUGGUAAUCCUAACGGACCUAAAACAGGAAAAGUGAUUGUCUGAUGCCAUUUCCCAAAUGUUUUAUUGAUAAAACUAACCCUCUUGUAUAAUACCUUCACAUAUUUGACCUGUUUUUUACUUGGUAGAUUUUCAUUCUUUUUACUAUUAUUUUUUCUAUUAACACUAUUACUGACGUAUAGUUGAUUUCAUGGACUUAGUUACUUUCCAAAUGUUGCAGCUGGUAAAAUAAUGUAAUGCCUUUAUAAGCUGCUGCUGGAUUAAACUGUAAUAAUAACUUUAUUAUGAUUAUUAUUGACUAUAUUUAGUUUGAAUAAUCUGUAAAGUAACUAAAGCUGCCAGAUAAAUGUAAUGAAGUAUUAAAUACUGUGACUACAGGAGAGUAAAUGUACUCAGUUACUUUGCUGCUCUAAUAAAAAUCACAAUAACGUUAAACUGUCAAACUGAAUAAAAACUUCUUUCAUUGGAAUCUCAAUAUUUUCACAUAUUUCAUCCAAACAUCUCAGAUUUCCUGCAGAAUAAAGGUUGAGAUCAUUUAAAGUUUCUGUCAGAUGAAACUGUUGUAAAAUGUUGAACUAUGAACUAGUUUGUUUGUCCCGGAGCUCUGCGAGCCGUCAGCGUGCGGGACACAGCUGAGCUCUCGGAGGCUCCUGGCGGCGGCGGCAGGCGGAGCAGCUGAACGGUUUCUCCCCGGUGAGAACCAGCCGCUGACUCUUCAGGUUGUUCUUCUGACUGAACUUCGUCCCGCAG